AUGGUAAAUGGAGAGGGGUUCUCCACGCUCACCAGGAAACAUGGCAUUAAGAUCUGUCCUAGUUUCCCGUGCAGCGUGGAGGACAUUAGUCUAGCUGUGGGGGAGAAGGUCGGGCAUGGUAGUAUUAUGUCGGCCGCUCGGAUGAACGGCGCCGUGGUCAUCUUCCUGGACCGGGAGGAGAAGGUGAACCAAGUUAUCGAGGCGGGCAUCACCGUGUGUGAGACGUUUGUUCAGGUGCUGCCGCUCACUCAACCGGCCACUAAGGUAGUCCUGUCCAACGUCCCACCGUUCAUCUCUGAUGGCUUCCUCAGCAGAGAGUUGUCCAGACACGGGAAGAUAGUCUCCCCCGUUAAAAAGAUCUUGUCUGGAUGUAAAUCUCCGUUGCUGAAGCACGUGGUGUCUCACCGUAGACAGCUGUAUAUGAUACUGAACCAUCGGGACGAGGAGUUAAACCUCCGGUUCCAUGUUAAAGUAGAUGAUUAUGAAUACGUGAUUUUUGCAACGUCAUCAGAGAUGAAAUGUUUUGGUUGUGGAGAGGUGGGCCACACGGUGAGGGCCUGCCCGAGACGAGGUGAUCCGAAUCCUCCCGGUCCGGGAGGGAGGGCUGGUGCCGGGGCGGGGCCGGCCCCCUCUUCCCCGGGGGUACCGGGGGGGGCUGCUGCCUCGGGGCCGGCUGCCGCGGCCGAGCGGCCGAUGCCCGCUCCGCGUGCUGCACUGCGGUGUGGUGAUGACGACGUGCCCGACCAGACGCACGGGUCUAUGAACGAUCUGGAGAUAUCUAUAGUGGACAUGCAGAGUUCUGCAGAGUCCACAGGAAAUCGAGGCUGUAUUGAAGACCUCAAGUCUAAAAAAGCCAUCUUGGCAGACCUGCUGGGCAUGAGAGCACAGGGGGCACUGAUCCGGUCCAGGUUCCAGACUACUGCUUUAAUGGACUCUCCAACUAAGUUCUUUUUUAGUUUGGAGAAGAAGAAUGGCCAGAGCCGGAUGAUCCAUGCUCUGAGAUCAGCAGGAGGACAGCCGUUAACGACAGCAUCACAGAUCCGACAGAGAGCUGUGGAGUUCUACGCAGACCUCUACAGCACAGAGGACACAGAGGAUGACGAGGCUUUUAACAGGUUCUGCAGAGACCUACCCACGUUGUCUGGGGACGACAAUGUGGAGCUGGAGGGGCCCCUGACGGAGCAGGAGGUGUCUAGAGCUUUACAAAGCAUGCAGGGGGGAAAGGCCCCUGGGAUUGAUGUCUCUGGUUCAUUGGGCGUAGACACUGGUCUGGUUUCUUUGGACCAGGAAAAGGCGUUUGACCGGGUUGAGCACCGUUACCUGUGGAAAGUUCUGGAGAGGUUCGGCCUCAGCCCUGGUUUCAUCGCCAAGAUAAAGGUAAUGUACGAGAACAUUGAGAGUGUGCUGAAGAUUAAUGGAGGUUUGUGUAAACCCUUCAAGACUGGAACCUGCAGCAUCUCUGUUCUGGCUCCUGGAGGAGCCUCUGGUGUGGGGGCCCGGCUGGAUCUCAAGGAUGGCAGCAGACCUGGACUCACGGAGAGGCUGAUGAGGGCUGGAGUGACCAAGUUGAAGGGAAUCGUGGAGGCUGCAGGUCCUGGUUUCCUGAACACAGAGGCGGUGGCUUUCUCUGCUGGGCCUGAGUUGCAGGUGUUGGAGAGGGGUCCUCCCUACCCUCAGCUCAUCCUACCAGAGUUCGGAGGUUACUGGAUCGAGGAUCCCGAUACUUGUCCUCCUCCCGUCUCCAUGGAGAUCAAAGGAGGGGGGGAAGAGGGGGGGGACAUUGCCCCAGGGCAUUAUGGGUACCGGCUGGAGAAGAUCAGCGAGGCAGCGCAGGCCUACAGGAAGCACUUUUUGGGCAGGGAACAUCUGAACUUCUCGUGUUCAGCCAGCAGUGUUGGGAACCUGCUGCUGUCUCUGAGACAUGAAGAGGACAAAGAUCAGGAGUCUCUCCAUGUUCUCAUCAGGUCUCGGGUGAAGAGUGUCUACAGCAAGUUGUCUCUGACGGAGCUGCCUGACAUCCCCAGUGUCCCCGAGCUCGCCAAGCUGCUGUGUGAUGAAGCAGCCGGUCUUCGUUUCAGUCCCGUUCUCUACCCAAAGGCGUCUCAGCUGAUAGUUAACUACGACGAGCACGAGGUCAACAACACCUUCAAGUUUGGAGUCAUUUAUCAGAGAUUUGGACAGGUGUCUGAGGAACAGCUGUUCAGUAACAACAUGGAGUCUCCGGCCUUCACCGAGUUUCUGCAGCAGCUGGGAGACACCGUGGAGCUGCAGGACUUCAGGGGGUUUCGGGGGGGUCUGGAUGUGUCUCACGGCCAGACCGGGUCUCACUCGGUCUACACGGUCCACCGACAGCAAGAGAUCAUGUUCCACGUCUCCACCAAACUGCCCUUCACUGAGGGAGACACACAUCAGCUCCAGAGGAAACGCCACAUAGGAAAUGACAUUGUGGCGGUGGUGUUCCAGGAAGAGGCCACGCCGUUCGUCCCUGACAUGAUCGCAUCCAACUUCCUGCACGCUUUCAUCGUGGUUCAGGCCGAGGAGCGCGGCUCCUACAAGGUGUCCGUGACAGCGCGAGAAGACGUACCUGCGUUCGGCCCCCCCCUCCCUAAUCCAGCUGUUCUGGCGAAGGGUCCGGAGUUCAGGGAGUUCCUGCUCACCAAGCUCAUCAACGCUGAGCUGGCCUGCUACAAGAGCGAGCGCUUCGCCCGCCUCGAGGAGCGUACCCGGGCCGCCCUGCUGGACAGCCUCCACGAUGAGCUGUACAGCCGCUCCCAGUGCAUGCUGGGAUUGACGUCAGGUCUAGAGGAGGAGGGGCGAGCUGAGAAUGGACACGCCCACGGAGGUCUGCUGGAGUCCAUCAAGAGGGCGAUGCGGGGGCGGAGCGUCUCCAUGGAGACCAUGUCGAGGGGCGGGGCCGGCCUGCCCACCAGUCUGAGUGGGGGGGGUCUGGCACACAUCAGCCCCGAGUGUAAUGUGAAAUCUCCCGUGAAGAGACGUUCAGGACUGUUUCCUCGUCUGCUGAGCGUUGACAGCCAGACGGAGAAACCCAACUACAGGAGCCUUCUCGGUGAGCAGAGGAGCUUCGACAGCAUCCACCCAACACUGGAGGAGCCGUCCAAUCUCAGCUCUCCAGAGGCGGGACAACGGGACAGGAUUCACAUGAAGAAGGAGAGCAGUAUGAUUUCCAGAUCAACGUCCAGCACCUGCAGCUUCAGCAUCCCGGGUGACGACACACACCUGCUCGCCCAGGCUGUGACGGUAGAAGGUCAAAGUUCAGGUCCGAUCAUCAUGUGUCGCAGCCCCACAGAGACGAGGAAUAAAAACUCUCCCAGAUCCAACCUCAAGUUCAGGUUUGACAAGUUGAGUCACUCUGCUGCAAAUCCCAACAAGGAGGGUUAGGAGAGGACGAGGAGGAGCUUACGGUGAAGAGGAGGAGCUUACGGUGAAGAGGAGGAGCUUACGGUGAAGAGGAGGAGCUUACGGUGAAGAACCCCGGAGGAGAAAAUCUUUUCUGCUCCUCACACCUGCAGGACUGUGCAUGUCAACACACAACACAAUCUCACUGCCAGCGCUCGGUACGCACGCCUGGUCGGGACAACAUGUGUUUAGGUACCCAACGGUACUUCUGUUAUUGAGGGCUACUCUCUACUGCUGUCUCUCUACAUACUACUCUCUACUGCUGUCUCUCUACAUACUACUCUCUACUGUUGU